CGUAAUGCGUAACCGUUUAAUUCCCGUGUGUCCGUCACCUCGCGUAACUCCGGUGUCCGCAGGGACUCAGAUGAGGAGGAGAUGCAGUUUAGUUAAACGUCUUUUCUUAGGCAGUGUGGUGUGUGCGCCUGUCAUUGUCCUGCUGGAGUUUAAUGCAAUUAUGGGAUUACUGUCCUGCGCCUCUAAAGCCGGUAAUAUUUACUACACAUGCAGCUCCGGUUCACGGUACCGACAUUCAGUUCACGGAAACCCGAAAAUAUGAAUAAACCGGAUGUUUCUUGCUCGGUGCGUGUUAGAAAGGUUGCUGAUUCCCUUUUGCAAGGAAUGAAGGAAUUAUCUGGACUUUUUGGAGUUACACUAAUGGAAAGAUGAACGUCGAGCGCGUGGAAACGAGGAAAACUUCAGGAAUCAGGAAUUCGGUUACAAUAUCUGAAGGACUCAUGGAUGUCCUUGGAUAAAUCUGUAUUUCUGCAAAGGAUCUGAUAGUUCAUAGAGUUCUCCAUUGUUAUGUCUGUAUCUGCUCUACCGGAAUGGAAGCAGCUGCUACUGGAGCGAAAGCGAAGAGAGGAGGAGGAGAGAGAGAGACGAGAGAGGGAGGAAGAGGAGCGGUUGGCCUGCAUGCCGGCUUGGAAGCGAGGGAUCAUCCAGAGAAGGAGGGCGAAGCAAGAUGAGGAAAGAGAGAGGGAGAAAGAGAGAGACACUCCAGAUAUCCUGAGCAUUAAUGAGGACAUCAUCACAGAGCAGACGGAUAGUAAACCCACACAUCACCUCCAGACUGAGCAGACUGGGUAUAAAUUGCAAAAACAGAUAUCCAAAGACACCAUCAGCCCCAUUCAACAGAACCCCUUCAUCCGUUCUGAGAACAGCUUUAGGAGAGAUAACAGAGGGAAGGAGGUGAUUAGAGAUGGAGAGAAUGAGGGUAAAAAGGCCGCCAAUAAUAGAGGGAGAGAAAGAAAUAGGGAAACAGAGAAGGAGAUCUGGAGAGAACGAGAUGGAGAGAUGUGGGUCGAGAAGAUGGGAAGUAAAAGUGAGGGAAGAGAGCGAGACAGAAGCAUUGGGAGAGAAAUCAGAGAGGCAGACACUGGCACAUCUUUAUAUUCUCCGGUCAUAGGUCUUCGCACGAUCCAGGCACACAACAUUAUCAUUAUUGAGAAAGACAAAAAUGUCAAGGAAAAACUGGAUAAGAGAGAAAAGGAGGUCAGGGAGGAUCAGAAAAGGAUGAGGAUGGAUUUGAGGGAGUUUCUAGCUGGCGGAGGAAGCGUGACGGAAAUUAGUGCUUCAGAAGCUGAGACUGGAGGGAUACCAGAGAGAGGGAGCAGAUGUUUAGAGAAAGAGGGGAUAUGGUCCUCCAUGCAACUAAUGUCAAGGACGGUCAUGCAAAGAGCCAAGAGAGUCCUGAACCACAAGGAAAUGGGAGCUACAGAAUGUAGUGGUCGGGUCAGUCAGCUGCUUAGUAAGUUUGGUGAACACCCAAAACCUCCAGUACGCUCCAAGAGCACGGAGUGCUUCAAGAACCGGGCCAGAUACAGCACAGGAGACCUGUAUGUGGAGGAGGAACAGAGUACAGAGGAGAUUGAAAUGAGUCUGAUGCUCAGGGGUGUUCCCAAACGCUCCUUUAGCUUCUCCGACCGCGUGGUUUGCCAACAGGAUAACAGAGAUUGUAAGCAAAAGACAGAUUUUAAGGUGGUGGAGAGGUCGUACUCCGACCGCAGGGUCAAAACAGGGGUCUCUGACCAAUCAGGAAGUGAACCAAAGGUCGCCAGGCGAUGGGGUCGACUCAAAUAUGAUGAGGUGAUGCAUAAAAAGAGACAAAAUAAGAGGAAUAAAUCUGUUUGUGGAGAGACAGAGGAAUGGACUUCAAGUUUAGACGGAAGAGAAGACUUCACUCUGGCCUCUGUCAAAAUCCCUGAAGGUGCCGCGUUUGUGCGACAAGUUCCUAUCAAACAAGAUGGGACGGAGAGCAGCUCAGAAAGAGAGAUUAAGAAAGUGAGAGAGGAGAAUGAGAGAGAGAAAAUGAUAGAUAAAGAGAUACACAGGCAAGAGGAGAGUGAGACGCUUUUAUGGCAGAGAUCAACAGAUUACCAAACUGAGCCCAAAACAGAAUCUGAAAAGAGAUGGAAUCAAGAGGAGGGAACUGUUGCAGUUUCAAAACAAUCCCUUGGCAUAUAUAUAUCACCCUCGUAUGACAGUACUAUAGAUUUCCCAACAGACAGUCAGUGCCUAUGUGACAUUACUUCCUCUGCGGAUUUCAGUUGCCUAACUAUGUCUGACUAUGCUGGACAAAGGCAACCCUCUGGCCAAGCAGUCCUUACCCAACACACAGAAGAUUUGCUCAGUAAAAUAAGAAAAGUCCAGUUAGACGGAGAACUCAAGAGUGCAGGGUAUAUGUUUUCACAUGGAGACAAUGAAAGUAUUUCUGGUGAUAUGAUUAACCAAGAUCAAAAAGAGCAUCAACGUUAUCAAAGCCUUCCAAAACAAGCCUCUGAGGAACUACAUUUUACCUCACAACUCCCACAACAAACUGUUACACUGGGUCAGAGCAAACUCUGCACCCAAGAGGGAGUCACCAUCCCCAGGACUGUAUUUUAUGGAGUCGAUAUAUCAUCUGAAAGAAGGAGGGUGAGUCUCCCUGCUGGGGAUAAACUAGAUGGAGGAGAAGUAGAGAGGAGAGAGAGCUGGAAGGCUUGGCGACCUCUGACCCAAGUGGAGUCUCUGAAAGAGGGAAUUUGUCAGCAAGAAAAGAAAAGACAGAAAAAUAGGGAGGAUGGCAACGAAGAGGGCAGCAGAGAAGAAGGAGGAACUGUGAGAGAACAGGAAGAAACCACAUUACAGACUCUCAGACUGUUUGACGUCAUACAGGACGUUGACAUGGCAAAGUCAAACCCUCAACUUCCUGUUCCUGUUUCUCUGUUGCUCUUGCAGUCAACUUCGACAGAAAGAGUAGUUGGGGAGAUCGCCAGAGACGCUUCAGAGAGCGAUAUCUGCCCCAGGGAAGCAGAGAGAGAUGCACAACGCCAUGUAGAGGAGUGUGGAACGUGCAUUGCUUGGAAAACACAGGACAUAGACGAAAGAGAAAGAGAGGAAGAGUUGUUAGAGGAAGAGUAUCUUCCUCCUUUUUCUCCCUCCCCACCACUUUCGGACUCGUUGGACGCCAUGAGCCGGAUCUAUAACCUCAAGACGGUGGGGUCCAGGACUGCAGUGUGUAUCAGUGAAAGGACAGCUGAUAUGCCCCCACACAGCGGACCUCAGGGCAAAUACAACCCCAUCAGACAAGCACCAUCACCAGACAUCCUGCCAGAAACUGCCAAGCUGUGGAAUCAUGGGAGGGACGGUAACAAAACUCAGGCGAUGGAGUCGGCAGGUGUUCAGAUGGUACAGCAGCGUGUGGAACGACUACAGCUGAGGGAACAGGAAGCAGGAUGUGGUUACCCCAAUGACAAAAUGGCACAGCCCUCCAUGGAGAGUUGUCCACUUGUAGAGCCAGAGAUCAAGGCAACCGAAGGCCAGAAGAAACCAGACAUACUAAGAGAGACACAGAAAUCCCAAAUGCCUACAAGUCCCAGCUUUUCACAAGCCCAACAGAAUGCCCAAAGACAACCCCCUAAACAGGUCAGGUCAUUCACAAUCAACUCCCGGAGCACUGAAUCAACAGAAAACUCACAGAAACCUCCAGAACAAAGCUCUCCAUCGCCAACCUCUCCCUGUACCGCAUCCCCCUCUUCGUCUCCAUCUGCGCUUCUCUUUUCCAUUAGGAGUGCCUCAGGUAGACCAGGUAAGAGAGGAACUACCAUCACAAUCACCCCCAGAAGACCUGCUGGGGCAGCCUCGUCUGGUGGCAUCCCAACAGGGACCCCUGCAGUGCCCAAAGCAGCCACCCAGGGCCAUAUAUCUACCCCUGCUCCCAGCAGCACCAAGGAGGCAGGGAAGAAGAGGUAUCCUACAGCAGAAGAGAUUGAAGUGAUUGGAGGGUACCAGAAGCUUGAACGGUCAUGCUUGGUAAAAAGCAAAGGGACACUGAAAGCGGUGAAGGUGUGUUUCGAUGACACCCAGCUGGAGAGAGUUUGUGAGUACCCUUCAGAAGGUUGUGCGGUAGCAUCCCUCCCUUACUCUCCUCAUCCGGGGCCGGAGGACGGCGGGAUGGAAGAGGGGUGGCGUGGGGGGGAGCAGGAGGCCGAGGGACAGGAGGAAGAUGAGGAGGAGGAGAGCGCAGCGUUUGUGUCUCGUAGAGGCAUGAAUGAAUGCGCAGCAAGGGCUCGAUUCAUAAAAAUGAAUCCUGUAAACGACUUUCCAAAUAACAAACCAGGGCAUCCUUUAGAUUUUCAAUUCUUUACAUUUGCAGGAGGUGUAAGUAAUGAUAAACUUUUUAUAAAUUGGUUUUAAUUAUUUUUUUCAUUAUUUUUGUUUAGUUUUGCUGAUCCAGACAGAGAAUCAAAUAUACUUUACAAACACAAUAUAUAUAUAUUUUUUAUAUAGUUUUUAAAUACUUUUUUAGAUUAUUUUAAUGAAAUUAUUUUAAAAGCAUUUCUAUUUCAUGUUCAGAGAUGAAGAAAAUAAAUGUUAAUUAUAUGUAGUGCGCAGUUCAAGCCAUGCAAGUGCUGCUCUGAUUCACAGAAUGAUGUCCUCAGGUCUGAUGUGAUGGUUUGCCCAAUUUAACGAGUUUUACAAUUAAAAAACUUUUAUGGGCUGAAUGAUUUGUUAAUUUCAAAAUGUUUACUUUAAAAAAUAACAGUAAUAGACUUCAGUUAUAUCAUUUAACACAUUUGAGGGGACUUAUUUAUAUUCAUAAAUGGAAAUGAAACCCUCACCAUCUGAUUGUCAUGUGAGUAGAGUUUACUCUCUUUGGUGAAUGUAUGAUUAUGAUGAAUAAAGGUUAGAUUAAAUAUUGUCAUGGUACAGUAAUAUGAUAUUUGUAUAGGAAACAAGGAGACAAGUUUUCAUCAUGUGAUGCAUAUAGAGUAUGAGUGAGCCAGAGAGAACUGAUAUGCAGUGAGACACUUGCAUUUUUACAAUACUAUAAAAAAAAGUUUGUACUAUACUAUAAAAAAAAGUUUUUAAGUUUGUACUUAAAUACCAGUUUGUCUAUUUUAACUUCACAACAAAAUGAAGAAGCACCUUCAAAAUGUUAAUAAACAUUACAGACAUA